CUUUGUCCAAAAAAACAAAAAACAAAUACCGCUUCCUCACCUUUGCCAUGAACCACGGCACGGCCUACCACGACCCGGCUAUGGUUGACUUCCCGGUGGACUUGAUUUACCUUGACCUGCGCCGGACGUUCUCCGAGUUCUUCUCGAUGAGGUUUGUGCAUCAACCCUCAGAUAUCAAAUGUAAAAAUGUCUGGGUCUGGAAGAAUGCAACUGGUCAUGCUACAUCUGAAGCAUGCAAAAAUCUGUGUUGCAUGAUUACCAAAAGUCGUCCAGUUUUGACCAAGUCGCGAGGGAGUUUCUCAUGCAGGAUAGGCAUGAGAGAGAUCGCAGAGAAUCUGUCAUGCUAGGUCCUGCAUUCCAGACCUCAUGGGUCAUGGAAAAGCUGCAUGACAAAUCGCGCAUUCUUCCACCAGACCCAGACAUUUUUACAUAUGAUAUCAGAUGCUUUAACCUGCACCCGGUGCCGGAAUUCCGCGAUAUCAAAUGCAAAAAAUGUCUGGGUCUGGAAGGUUGCAACUUGUAAUGCUGUCUUUGGAAGGUAAAAAAAUCUGUAUUGCAUGACCAGCAAUAGGAGCGCAGUUUGUGCUACGCGGAGUGGGCGUUUCUCAUGCGGAAUACGCAUCAGAAGGCCCUUUAAAGAUCUGUGAUGCUAGGUCAUGCAUUACAGGCAUCAUGGGGCAUGCAAAAUAUGCAUGACAAACCUGGCAAUCUUCCAGACCCAGACACUUUUGCACUUGAUACGCGAACGAUGUGUACGAUCUGAACUUUGU